AUGCGUCUUCUCACUAUUUUCUCAGCCCUAUGCCUGGGCACUGGGGUCCUUGGCUCCCCGGCCAAUUUGUCUCGUCGUACGAGCAGGACUAGUGCGCCGUCCGGCUGCUUGACGGUCGGGACUGGAGGGACAUACAGUACUAUCGGUGCUGCCCUCACUGCCCUUGGAUCUGCUACUACUUCCGCCUGUAUCUAUAUUGCCAGUGGUACCUACACAGAGCAGCUUAAAAUUAACUAUGCUGGUGCACUCACCAUCUAUGGCCAAACAUCCGACACCGGGACGUACAAGAGCAACACAGUCACGAUUACGCACACGAUCACGUCUUCUGCAGCUGGCACGCUUGAUCUGAGCGCCACGGUUAAUGUAGUCUCUGAUGGGUUCAAGAUGUACAACAUCAAUGUGGUAAAUGGAUACGGGAAAGGUUCCCAGGCCGUGGCAUUGGUUGGCAACGCCGAUAAACUUGGUUUCUACGGCUGCCAAUUCUCCGGAUACCAGGACACUCUGUACGCCAAAGCCGGAACGCAGUAUUACUCGAACUGCAUGAUUGAAGGAGCUGUCGACUAUAUCUUCGGCGAUGCAUCAGCCUGGUUUGGCGAGUGUGAUAUCGUUUCCAAUGGAGCGGGUUAUAUCACUGCGAACUCGCGCGAAACAUCGGAUGACACUGCUUGGUACGCUAUCGAUAAUUGCAACAUCCAAGCUGCAUCUGGUACCGACCUCGAUGGUGAUGUCUAUCUCGGCAGGCCGUGGCGGGUACUAGCGCGGGUGAUUUAUCAGAAUUCGGAGCUUGGCUCGCUCAUCAAUUCGAAGGGGUGGACUACGAUGGCAGAUGGUGCAACGCCGUUCUAUUAUGAGUUUAACAACUCGGGCGAUGGGUCUGAUACCUCGGCGAGGCUGUAUGAGACUAGUAUUUCCGCAGCAGUGACGAAGGCUACUGUUCUAGGAAGUGGAUGGAAGGAUUGGAUUGAUACUAGCUAUUAG